AUGUAGACUACAGAAAAUAGCUAAGAAAUAUAAAGUGAAUUAUAAAGUUCUGUUUUUAGUUUUUUCGAAGAAAUUAAGGGCAAGUUUUUUGGGCCAAAAAAGGUUGAGGAGGUUAAAGUAUUUGAACCUGAUGUUGUCAAAUCAGUUGAAGAACUUUAAGUGAAAAUUUUAGAAUCAUCUUAGACCUCUCCUUUUCUUAGUGAUUUUGAAAAGAAGUGUUUUAGAAAUUUAGAUUACAGCUAUAAGCUAGAUCAAACAGACAAUUUUUUCAAAUUUUACAAUAGAUUAAUAUACAGCGUUCAUCCUCGUAUUUUAGAGUAAGAAUAAAAAGCUAAGGAGAUGACUUGGUCAUAGGUUUUUAGUGAACUUAAAGAUUUCUAAAAGAAAAAAGUCGAGUAUCUUCGUGAAAAGUAUAAAAAUUAAAAAAACAAAUAAGAAGAAGAAGAUGAUGAUGACGAAGUUAAUGAGUAAGGAUACGGAGGAGACAUAUUUGGCUAAUAAAAAGAAAAAGUGAGAUAAAACGAUGAUUUAGAUAAGUUAUAUGACAUAGGAACUCAUUUUAAAUAUUUUAAAAAAGAGUAUUAUACAAAUUAAGCUAAAAUAGAUCAAACUUCGAAAAAUUUUGAUAUAGUUGUUUAUAAAGAUUCUCUUGAAGAUAUAGAUCCACUUUACGCAACAUAUCCUAAACAUGAUAUUCCCAUCAUUGAUUUAUUCUUAGUGAGAUUAGAAAAAUUUUAGUUAUGGUCCAGCACUAGAAUAUUUUCAAUGGGUUUUCUGUGCACUUUCCCUAUUUUAGUUGGUAUGGUUUUGGCAAGACAAGUGCCAAAGAACCUAGGUGGUGCUGAUCUAUUUAAAACUACUGUAAGCAAAUUCCUCUACAAAGGUGGAUUUUAAGAUAAAAUGAAUAGAAGAGAAGCAGCAUUAAUUUUAAAUCUCAAGCAGAAUGCUACCAAAGAAGAAAUUAGAAAAAGCCACAGAAAAAUGAUGAUGACAAACCAUCCUGAUAAUGGUGGUUCUCAAUAUGUUGCUACAAAAAUCAACGAAGCUAAAGAACUUAUGUUAAAAGGAGACAUUUGA